UCCUCUUAAACUGUCAGUCCCUAUCUUUGAACUUUCACCCUCUCUCACAAAAGUCUUUCCAACAUUCUUAUUUUUUUGUCUUUUUCUGUGCAGCACUCGACUUUAGACUGUCUGUUCCUAGCUUUUAACUUUCAGCCUCUCUCACAAAAAUCUUUCCCACUUUUUAUUUUUAUUUUUAUUUUUUGAUCUUUUUCUUUGCAGCACUCGACGACCACUUGUUUCUGUAAAAGGAUAGAACAAUUGAAUUCUAGUGCGUAAUAUAUAUUAUAAAUCUGACUUAUAAUGAACUUUUAUUUUCUUACCUAAAAAAGGGUUUUUUUCUAACAAUCUUAUUGAGUACUAAAAUUUAUUUAUUAUUAAAAUUUUAUUAUUUAAUACAGGGAUAGGACGUUGCAACACUUCUCUCAAGGUGUAUCGAUCAUUUCAUUUUUGUAACUUUUUUCUGUCGUAAAAACUCAGGAGUCUAUUUUUCUUUCUUUUUUCAGGCUUCAAAACUUGUUCUCAAAUGGGUAGUCAGCUUCAUGUGUUCUUCUUUCCAUUCAUGGCACAUGGCCACAUGAUACCAACUCUGGACAUGGCCAAACAAUUCGCUUCACGCGGUGUCAAAACAACCAUAAUCACCACUCCUUUUAAUGCCCCUAUCUUCACCAAAUCAAUCCAAACAACCAAGAAUUUGGGUACCCAAAUCUCUAUCCGUGUCAUCGAAUUCCCUGCCGUGGAGGUUGGCUUGCCUGAAGGAUGCGAAAAUGUCGAUCAACUCCACUCCGAAGACAUGCAUGCCAACUUCUUCAAGGCCGUCACCAUGCUCCAAGAACCACUUGAGCAUGUCCUAGAAGAAGGCCGUCCGGAUUGCCUUGUCGCGGACAUUUUCUUCCCUUGGGCAACCGAUGUUGCAUCCAAAUUCAACAUUCCAAGACUUAUUUUUCACGGAAGCGGUUUUUUUGGUCUAUGUGCUCCGGAGCACUUAAGACUUUACAAGCCUCAUAAGAACGUCUCAUCAGACUCCGAACCCUUCAUCGUGCCUAACCUUCCUCAUGAGGUUAAGUUAACUAGAAUGCAACUAGGAGAUUUUGACAAAGAAGAUAUUGAGACAGACUUUACCAGGUUUUUAGAUAAAGCUAGGGAGUCAGAGAUGAAAAGCUUUGGAGUUGUGGUUAACAGCUUCUACGAGCUUGAACCGGCUUAUGCUGAUCAUUACAGCAGGGUUUUGGGUAGGAAGGCGUGGCACAUAGGUCCGUUGUCGCUAUGCAAUAGACAAGUUGAAGACAAAGCACAAAGAGGCAAAGAAACAUCCAUUGACAAACGCGAGUGUUUGAAAUGGCUGGAUUCAAAAACUCCCAAUUCAAUUGUUUAUCUAUGUUUCGGGACUGUGGCCAACUUUGCUGCGCCUCAGUUAUAUGAGAUCGCGAUGGGAAUUGAAGCUUCUGGACAACAAUUCAUUUGGGUUGUGAGGGGAGCCAAGAAUGAAGACAACAAUGAAAAUUGGUUGCCGGAAGGAUUUGAAGAGAGAAUGAAAGGUAAGGGCCUAAUCAUAAGAGGAUGGGCACCUCAAGUGUUGAUUCUUGAUCAUGACGCGGUGGGAGGUUUUGUGACUCACUGUGGAUGGAACUCGACCCUUGAAGGGGUGUCUGCUGGAGUGCCAAUGGUGACUUGGCCACUGUUUGCAGAGCAGUUCUUUAAUGAGAAGUUGGUAACAGAGAUUUUGAGAAUAGGGGUUGGUGUUGGUGCUCAGCAAUGGAAGAUAGUGGCAAGCGACGGUGUGAAAAGAGAUGCGAUAGAGAAGGCGGUGAAGGAGAUUAUGGCGGGUGAAGAAGCUGAAGAGAGGAGAAGAAGAGCAAGGACACUUAAGGAGAUGGCAUGGAAGGCUGUUGAAGAAGGUGGAUCAUCUUACACUGAUUUGAAUGCUUUGAUAAAAGAACUGAGUGCUCAUCGCUCUUGAAGCAAAGCAAGAACAUAUAAAAACCAGACCAGCAUGUAUAGGAUAUGUGAUUUAUAAUUGUUCUUUGUAUUGUUAAUUUGUUAAUUGAUGUUGUUGAAACCAUUCUCAAAGGUGCCCCUGGGACGAGGGAGGGCUAGGAUCAAUUUAGCAAUAGGUGGGACCUUCUGCUGCGUUGAUCUUAGUCAUUCUGGUGCACAGCACAAUACAAGUUAGUAAAGAGGAUUUUAUUUUGUUGUUGUUA